CGCCCAAAUGUAAUGUUUUCUAGGGUUCUUUGGUUGAUUCGCUUCUGCUAUUGUAAGAUGUAUGAGCUCAUUGUACACUUAUGCAAUUAGGCUAUUUGUGUUUCUUUUACUCAGCAUGUGUGUUUCAUGCAAAGUAAAUUGGAUGCAUGUUUACAGGAAUUGAGGUCAACACAGGGGACAGUUAUGUGGUUUAAUAUAACAAUUAGGAAUCCCUUUUUUAAGCAACGUGGAUAAUUCUUAAUUAAAAAGGGAGGUGUUUCUAGAACAAAAUAAAGUGUUGAAACCUAAUGACAAAUAAUGAUUUUUGGUCAACAAUAAAACUACCGAUAGCAUGCAGGAUGCUGCAGUGAUUCCAGUUACGUCUGUUUGAAAUAUGAGCAUUUAACCAAAUAUACCAAUUAUUGAAGAAACACUUUUUGAUCGUCGCAUAGGAAUCCAACUUUUUCCUUAUACUUUUCAUCAGCUUAUGUCUGUGUCUGUCUUUUGUAGAAUGAAGAGGUAUAUGUCUAAAUCACAAGGCAUAGCUAACAUCAUUUUGUCUUUUUUUAAUCAGUUUUAUAUUUUGAUCAAAACCUGCAAUGCUCACAGGUCAUAUACUUUAUGUCAGACUUCCACUACACAAGUGAAUAGUCAAAAGCAGAUGAGAAUCAAUAGUACAAAUUAUCUUGACUGAACCAAAUCAAUGGCAAGGGUCGUAUUUAUAAAGAGGACUAGCAUAGAGCAUCGAGCCGUUUCCAGGAGUCUUUGAAUGUAACACGGCUGAGACCGAGGCCCCGCCCCCUGCUCGUGGACGAGGCCCCGCCCCCUGAGCGUGGCAGCUCGCAGCCUCCCGGCUGAGUCCGGUUCUCCUCGGUAGGUCGGUUCCCCUCGGUUCUUCAGCACGACCAGCUCACCGCUCCUCAGGUAAAUAACUCCGCUACGAAGGGAACUUACUUUGGUGACAUGUGUACCGAUACUAAUAGCUCGUUUUAGAUUGUAAACAAACUGAUUAUUAGAAUUAAAUUAAUGCAAUUUCUGUACCUUCGGUUUUUUUAUGACAAUAUUAUAAUUGAUUUGUAAUCAUUUAAUUCAUCGUUAUUCAGAGUUCAGUCAAUGUACAAUAUAUGCAAUAUCACGUGUCUCUGACAUUGAACUAAUUACUUAAAACAUAUAUAUAAUCUGAAAAAUGUGACAAUGAUUUAUUAAGUGUUACUUUCAUGAAUUUUGUACUUUUGGAUGUCAAUGUUUGGAUGUCCAAAUAUUGGCGCAUUUCAGCGAACAUUAUUUUAACGCCACCGACUAAGGCCAGGGUUAUAAAAUGUCCUGUCAGGGAUCAGCCACUAAUCUGACCCAUGGGAGGAGAUUAACUAACCACUGCUUUCUAAUUCAGUGUAACCGACAGGCCCGAAUAGGCUUCAUCCAACGGGGAAUUAGCGCAGUCAUGAACAUCCGACCGUUUGUGUGAGCCAAAAUGCUGCAACUCUCCUGAACUGAGUCCUAAACUGCCACAGUGGCUCCACGGUAGUCUUCUCGUAUACAUAAUCAUGUGACCAUCGACCUAUUGGAUUUCCCAUCUUCACUUGAUGGAUGAUGCUGAUGUAAGCGUUGUGUUUUUGGAAAACUCAUUCUCAUGAACGGGAAUCUCACUUUUGGGCCGACAUGGCAUUAGACUGCACUGUGGCUGGUUGACUACUCAUGGGAAAUGUAAAUAAUCAAUGUUGUCUGUGCCUCAGGAGUCUACGGCAACGUCAGAGCCAGGAUGGGGCGGAAGGACAUCAUCUGCAGCUGGAAGAAAAGCACCAAUAAUAUCAGGGACGUGUUUGACUUCAAGGGGAAAAUGGGAGCACAACGCUGGAGAAAGAAGAGGAACUCCAGAGGCCUGUGAAUUUGCUAAUGUGGACGUCCGGGACGAAACGGUUUCUUGGUUGUAGAACCGAUUCGUAAAGAAUCUCAUUCGGUCAGGUGAUGCCACUGAAGCCGGCUGCUGGUAGCCAUAUUUUCCACAUGUGACGGUGCGAGUGGACCAAUAUUUACUAAACUAAUCUGACAGCCGCGUGUAAAUCACAGGGGAUUCCCUUUGUCACAGUAGGAGGCCAUUCGAUGGAGCCCGUUUGGUGAGGAUAACUGGUGCACAUCCAGGACAGGAGGGGGUCUUUUUCAGAAGUGUUCAUGGUCAGAGAGAAGACAACGGGAAACAUGUACGCCCUGAAGUGCCUGAAGAAAAAACACCUCGCUCACAGCAAGCUGGAGAAUGAAAUCAAUGUCCUGAGGAGGAUACAGCACGAGAACGUGGUGGGGCUGGAGGAUUUCUACGAGAGCCGAACACACUAUUACCUGGUCAUGCAACUAGUAUCAGGCGGCGAGCUGUUUGACCGCAUCAUAGAGAGGGGCGUUUACACUGAGAAGGACGCCAGCACAGUGAUCCAACAGGUGCUGCAGGCUGUCAGCUACCUGCACCAAAACAGCAUCGUACACAGGGACCUGAAGCCGGAGAACCUGCUGUACUAUAGUACAGAUAAGAAUUCAAAGAUCAUGGUGAGUGACUUUGGUCUGUCUAAGACGUUGGAGCACGGUGUGAUGUCGACAGCCUGCGGCACACCGGGAUACGUUGCCCCGGAGGUUUUGGCCCAGAAGCCCUACAGCAAAGCAGUGGACUGCUGGUCCAUUGGAGUCAUCACUUACAUCCUGCUCUGCGGCUACCCGCCAUUCUUUGAAGACAACGAGACGCGCCUGUUUUCAAAGAUCAUGAGAGCCGAGUACGCCUUCCAUUCCCCGUUCUGGGACGACAUCUCGGAGUCAGCCAAAGACUUCAUCAGGAACAUGAUGGAGAAAAACCCCAAGAAACGCUUCCUCACCGAGCAGGCUCUCAGACACCCAUGGAUUGCGGAGAACACGGCUAAAGACGUGGACAUUUAUCAGUCCGUCAGUGAGCAGAUAGAGAGGAACUUCUCCAAAUCCAAAUGGAAGCAAGCCUUCAACGCGGCCUCAGCCAUCCACCACAUGAAGAAGCUGCAGUCGUCCCUCAGUGAGCCGUGCAACGUCACGGCACAGGCCGCCCAGGGGGACCAGGAGGCGCCGGGGCCGCGCCGCGACAAGACCGACGCCUUCCACCCGAACGGGAACCCCCUCCGUCCGUCCUGCAGCACCUCUGAGUGUCCACUUGUGAGGGACGGCCACGGUGAGCCCGGCCCCGCCCUCCCCUCUGAGGGGCCGAGACAGGUCAAGAACUUCCCCCUGGAGGUGGACGCUCCUUUCAGGCCAUCUAAGAGCAUGGAUGACGUGUCCCAGAGGAAGGAGCAGCCGCUUCAGUCCGGAGUGUGUUCUGUCAUGUGAUUGGCUGUCUCGCCUCAGAUGAAUCUCAUGCAGUUUGUCUGCUGAGCUGACGGCGCUCAGUGACGUCUCUCUGGAUAUGGAGGUGCUCAAACGUCUGCGGGGCUUCCGUCUUGUGAAACGCAGACAGCAUAUCUGCACUAUAAAAACACUUUAACAUGGAAUAGUUACAUAUCUGUAAUCCACGGGCCCUUAAACAGGAAUUCGUUGAUUACAAUCGAGCAUAAGCAUCACAUAGGUGACAUUUGUGCUCUAUAUAACUAAAUACUUAUAUUUAUGUAUAAGUACAUGUAUAACUAAAUACAUGUCCUUUAGAGGACAUACAGGACUUUUAAAAUGCUUUAGACUUAUUUUAGCAUUUUAAAAGUUGUGUAUGUCCUCUAACAUUUAGAGGAUGUCAAAGCUUUUUAACGUUUUCAUCCUAUAUGACGGACGUGGCUGUCCAUUGAAAAUGGAAUGGAACGGCUUACACGGCUGUAUAAAGCUGAUAAACGUAUUCUAGAUACUGAACUGUAAGCGAAGGAGGGAAAGUACCAUGUGUUAUUAUUUCCCCAUUCAUGCUGCACUGACGAAUAAUACAUCCAGUUUCCUCCCUGACGAGGAGGGAGGAUGGUCGUUUUUAUGACCACGCGGGUGGAGUCACCGACUGCCAGUGUGUUUAGCGACGCAUGCAUAAGCUGCUCAUCAAGUGCCACAAGCUAGUGGGAAGCCCUCAACUCUAAUGAUGCCAUGGAGGAUUCAGAGUUCACAGAUGUAGUGACUUACAUGAUUAUUUUUGUAUAAUAUUUUCUCAGAAAGUAUGUAAUAACUUAUCUUCAUGAUCGUUGUGUUCCAUAGAUCUCCAAUGAAGCUUAAGUAUUAGCAGGCUUUAAUUUAAAUACUGCGGAUUCUGCACAAUGUAUACAAAAAAACAAACAAACAAUACAACAUUCAACAUACAUUUCAGUUGCGAAAUAUUCAAUAAUUGAGUGUUUUGCCGUUAAAUAAAAUGUGUUUGCACAA